UUGUAUCUUCUUCUCGUGGAAGCACGGUACACAAUACAAUUAACAUCUAGAGCCAUAAAUAAUUACUAAAUUUUAGCCAAUCUAUAUGAAUCAUAUAUUGGUGCAUUUUCAAUGUUAUGCGAUUGAUUUUACUAUGCAUACCGGCUCAUCUAGUAACACAAUUCUACGUGACAUUGACGACAGUGUGUUAAACCAGAUUUGGUACAAUUGAGCGCAUCGACGGUGACACUAGUAACGACGAACUUCCUUAGCGGUUAACGAAGGACUGUUAAACUGUUAUGUGCCUGUGAAUUUUGUCGUGUAUUUUUAUAAUAGAUUAUAAUACUACGUGAAGUUCAAAUGUUUGCAUGAUUUAAUUAAGGCUUCUUCUGUUUUUAAUAGUAAUUUGAAUGUCUGAUUUUUAAUAAAUCGAUGUCGAAUACCGAAUUAUCUACCAUGUCAACUUCAAACGAACCUACGAAAGAAACACAACUACUGCCGGACGAUCAUGAAUUCAUUGUUCCGAAGAAAGCGAUCAAAGUGCCAGCUGAUAUGGCAAUUUGGGAAAAAUCCGAAGCGUAUUUUGAGUAUCUGGGAUUUAUAUUGGCCUUGAAUCAGUCGGUUCAAGGGAAAGCUUUGAGUGUCGAAUGUUCUCAAAGCCCUAUAAUAGAGAAUGUUAUUGGACUGCUUAAUGAAUUGGAUGAAUGGAUAACACAAAUACCUCCGACAGAACAGCCUCAACGUUUUGGUAAUAAGUCGUUUAGAAUAUGGCACGAAAGACUCCAACAGAAAGGAGUGGAAGAACUACAAAAGAUAUUACCGUCAGAAUUACAUAGAGCAGUUCCUGAAAUAGUUCAUUAUUUGUACGAAGGUUUUGGUAAUGCUACGCGCAUAGAUUAUGGUACAGGCCACGAAAUGGCAUUUCUAAUGUUUUUAUGCUGUAUGUUUAAAAUUGGUGCUUUUAAACAAGAUGACAAAGUUGCUGUAGUUGUAAAGAUAUUUAACAGAUAUCUUGAUUUAGUACGAAGAUUACAAUUGACGUACAGAAUGGAACCAGCAGGUAGUCAUGGUGUUUGGAGCUUAGAUGAUUACCAAUUUGUACCAUUUAUAUGGGGAAGUGCUCAAUUAAUUGGUCACAGUCGUUUGGAACCUCGUCAUUUUGUUGAUCCAGGAAUUAUUGAAUUAUAUAGUAAGCAAUACAUGUUCUUUGGCUGUAUUGAGUUCAUUUCAAAGGUGAAGAUUGGUCCAUUUGCUGAACAUUCAAAUCAGUUGUGGAAUGUCAGUGCAGUUUCGUCAUGGGCAAAAGUGUGCAAUGGUCUCACAAAAAUGUACAAAGCUGAGGUUCUAGCAAAGUUUCCUGUUAUUCAACAUGUUUUGUUUGGCUCCUUAUUACCGAUCAAACCGGCAUCCAUAGCUCCUGUUGAAAGAAGACCUAAUCAAGGUCAACCUACACGACCACCACCGCCGCCGCCGCCAUCCAAAUAACAAGAUCCUACAAACGUACUUCAUAUUUGUUAAUGUAGAUUCUAACAAGCAUUCGAUAUUUAUAAUAAAGUUGUACAUUAUGAUUAUGUAUUAUUUGUAGCACCAUUAGGUUUUAAAGUGUAAUUUUUACAACAGUUUGUGUUUACAUGCAUUAUUUUAAUACAACAAAUUUAACCGAGAUACUCGUGAUUUAUAACUUGUACAAUAAAACAUUGAAAAAUUCAGAAGAUACCUAUCAUAUACCGUGAUAAUAUAGAAUUCGUUCAACGUUACUACUUUUUAUACUA